UUAUGUCACUUCUACUCGCUUGUGCGAGGAAAACAUCUGACCCCAACGCUCUGCCUACUAUCGCUCUUCCUACUAAAGCAUCCGCAACAAAAACACGUAUUGAUUCUUUUUGGUCUAUGAUGAGGUUUAUCUUCAUUAAUUUUGUUUAAAUGUUAAAGUUUAUUCUCACACUAUGUUUCCUGCGAGACACCAAACAUCCUCUUUCGAGUGAACCUAUGGGUGGAAUUCAACCUAGGAAACUGAUUCAUAGAAUAAUAAGCCUUGAUGAUGUCAAGUUGGUGAAGAACACAAUGCAAAUGAAGGUCAAUGAUGUAUUCUUCUUGGAAUGACACAGGCAGGUCUCUCAUAUAUGAGUAGAAAAUAUGCAGAUGAACAUACAAUGGGCGUCGAUACGAAAAAAUCCUUAGAAAUAAUUCAUCUUCGUGGUACCGUAGCUGUUAACUUAAGACCAUAUACAAAGAUCGAGGAUCUGGCUGAUAUGAUGACGAAAGGUGCAAAAUAUGCAUGGGGAAACUUUGUAGGUGUUGUUAUAUUUCCUUUAUGGGUAAGAUCAGAAGCUGAUCCAUUGGAAUACGUCCGACGAGCCAGAGCUACUAUCGAUAGAAAAAUACUUUCCCUAGAAGCGUUUAACUUUUACGGAGUUAUCAAAUUCACCAUGAAUUUUUUUGGAGAAAAGGUAGUACAAGCUGUUUCAAAGAGGUUAUAUGAUCAUACAACAUUGACAUAUUCAAGUGUGAUGGGUCCAAACGAAGAUAUAAGUAUUUUUGACCAUCCAAUAUCGUAUGUCGCAGCAAGUGCAUUAACAGGAUCACAAGUAUUCAAUAUCCAUAUCGUGAGCUACGUGAACAAGAUUAUCAUCAGUUUAGCUGUCGAUGCAACUGUGAAUCCAGAUCCUCAUCGACUAUGUGAUGAUAUGGUAGAAUCGCUUAAUAUCAUCAAAUCUGCUGCGUUGGAGAGAGGAUGCCAUAAUUAAAGGCUCGAGGCUAGCUAGUAUCAUCUGAUGUACUCGAGCAUAGCUAAUUCAAUAUCUAAAAUGAAGUUUUAUGUUAGAACAGAAAAUUUCAAUUUUGGUGAAGUGUUGUAUUCUCUUAGUUUGGUUUGAUGCAAAAUGAAGUUGUUUUACUAAUCAAUCGAUUUUAUUGAUGCUU